CACCAUCUCCUCCUCCUCCUCCUCCUCCUCCUCCUCCUCUUCCUCUUCCUCCUCUGACAUCGUAUCAAUGAUUGGAUCUCUCUAACCCCAGCACAUUAAAAGUGUUGGUGUUUUUGAAAAAACCCAAUAAAUAAAUAUAACGAGUUUUAUUUUUUAUGGGUACUUUUCAGAGCUUUAGGAAGGCCUAUGGAGCUCUGAAGGACUCUACCAAGGUUGGCCUCAUCAAGGUCAACAGCGAAUUCAAGGAUUUGGAUAUUGCCACUGUGAAGGCCACCAGUCACGUAGAGUACCCUCCAAAGGAACGUCACGUUCGAAAGAUUUUCUCCGCGACUUCAGUGACACGUCCACGUGCAGAUGUAGCAUACUGCAUUCAUGCGCUGGCCAAGAGAUUGUCCAAGACACGGAGUUGGAUUGUUGCCAUAAAGACGUUGAUAGUUAUUCAUAGAACAUUGAGAGAAGGUGAUCCUACCUUCAGAGAGGAGCUUUUGAACUAUUCGCAGAGAGGGCACAUUCUCCAAAUUUCCAAUUUUAAAGAUGACUCAAGUCCCCUUGCUUGGGAUUGCUCCGCCUGGGUGAGGACAUAUGCACUCUUUUUAGAAGAACGGCUGGAGUGUUUUCGAGUUUUGAAAUAUGACAUUGAGGCAGAGCGUUUGACAAAAACGUCGCCAGGAUCAACCAAGGUCCAUAGUAGAACACGAACACUGGGUGCUGAUGAGCUGUUGGAGCAGCUACCUGCACUGCAGCAACUUCUUUUCCGCCUUAUGGGUUGCCAGCCCGAGGGGACAGCUUAUAACAAUUACCUCAUACAAUAUGCCUUGGCUCUGAUAUUGAAAGAGAGCUUUAAAAUAUACUGUGCCAUCAAUGACGGAAUUAUAAAUCUCGUUGACAUGUUCUUCGAUAUGUCAAGAUACGAUGCAGUUAAAGCCCUCAAUAUUUACAAAAGAGCUGGCCAACAGGCUGAAGGGCUUGCUGAUUUUUAUGAAUACUGCAAGGGUUUGGAUCUUGCUAGAACUUUUCAGUUUCCAACAUUGAGACAGCCCCCACCGUCAUUUCUUGCAACAAUGGAGGAGUAUAUAAAGGAGGCGCCUCAGUCAGGUUCCGUUAACAGGAGACUGGAAUACCAGGUGACAGACGAGCAGCCUCAGAGACCUGAAGAACCUCCUCCUCCAGAGCCUGAAAAACAAGACGAAAAAGUUGAGGAGCCACUGCCAAAAACAGAGGAAGAACCCCAACCCAAGGAAGAGGAAGUCGAACCUCCUCCUUUGAUAUCAACUGAUGACACAGAUCUGCUGGGUUUAAGGGAAAUUAAUCCAAAAGCUGCAGAAAUCGAAGAAAGCAAUGCCUUAGCUCUUGCCAUAGUUCCACAGGGCAGUGAACAAAAACCUGGAGCGUGUUUCAAUGAUUUUGCUGGGACUUCCGGUUGGGAGCUAGCACUGGUGACCACACCAAGCAACCAUACCAGCCAAGCGCCCAUAGACAGAAAGUUGGCUGGUGGAUUUGACAAGCUAUUACUUGAUAGCUUGUAUGAAGAUGAAGGUGCCAGGAGACAAUUACAACUCCAGAAUGCAGGGUAUGGUUAUGGUGCGACGAGCUUGCAAAAUCCAUUUGAACAACAAACACAACAGCCCGUACAGGACCCAUUUGCAAUGUCCAACAGCGUAGCACCCCCAACAAAUGUGCAAAUGGCGCUCAUGGCGCAGCAACAACACGAGCACCAACAAAUCAUGCAGCAGCAACAACAACAAUACCAACAACAGCAAAACAUGAUGGUGGUACCUCACCCGUAUUAUUCUCAAUAUUCCCAACCAAUGCAGCCCGCGGGCUCUUCAAACCCGUUCGGAGAUCCAUUCAGCUUCCCUCCGAGUACAACGUCGCAUCAGGGAAACCAAAACCUAAUAUAGAAGACCACUUAUUUCAUGAUUUUAUUCCAACUAUUUUUUUCAUUCUUUGGAGUAAUAGUGUGACUUUGAUGAGCUCAUUCUUUUUUUAAUCUGUAUAUUGUUUCGGUGGGCCAUUGACAACAACGGAAUGCAUAUCAAACGACCUGCUAUUUGGAUCAAACAUUUGCUUGUUGUUCAGUGUUUACGGAUGCGUAUCAGAAGUUCAAC